AGGCGGUUAUACAAUCUGUGUCCUGACUCAAGGCUGCCAGUACUAGGAAACUUACCAUGUUCUGCUUCACAACAAGCUGCCAGAAUGCAGAAAAAUCAAACUCUUGAGUAAAAAAAAAGAAAUAGCCACGCUGAAAUGGUGAGUUUUAACAAAGCGUGUGACGAACAGAUGUCUUAGUUUGUGACUGUCGAAGGGCAUUUCCGUUUCCUCUUCAAACUGAAGCUAAAGAGAGUCAAAGAAUGGCUUCCCAAGAGAGGGAGAAAAACGAUACGAAAGCAGGAGAGGAAUCCAUUCCAACUGAUGACUAUAUCACACCUGGGGGCUACGAGCUGGAGAAAAUCCUGAACCGUGGGAGUGUGGCUUACACUCAUGUCAAUGAAGUCUGGCCUAGUGUCUAUAUUGGGGAUGAGGAGACAGCAAAAGACAAGGUCAAGCUGAGGAGUUUGGGGGUCACGCACGUCCUGAAUGCAGCAGAGGGGACGUGGAACAGCGUGGACACCGGGCCUGCUUACUACACUGACAUGAACAUUGUUUACUAUGGAGUGGUAGCAGAGGACGUGCAGACGUUCGAUCUCAGCCAGUAUUUCUUCUCAGCGGCUCAGUUUAUCCACGAGACACUGAGCGACGCUCAGAAUAAACUGCUGGUGCACUGUGUGAUGGGAAGGAGUCGCUCCGCCACGCUUUUUCUUGCCUAUCUCAUGAUCUACGAGAACAUGACGGUGGUGGACGCCAUCGAGCACGUAAAGAAACGCAGACGGAUCAUCCCCAACUGGGGCUUUCUGAAGCAGCUGAGAGAGUUGGACCAGCAGCUCCAGCAGGAAAGAAGCAGCUCUUGAUAGCAGAACAUUUUCAGACAUUAAGAAUCUGAAUUUACACUCAGCUAAGAGCUGUGAGACAUUUGAGAGAUCCAUUCUGAAAGUUAAUCAAAAUAAGGACUAACUUUGAAGACCUAUUGAUGCAGAUCUUGUGGGUAUGUAAAAUCAGGUAUAAACUGGGGACAUUUGUUAGUUACACUUUAAGUUGAUAAAGAAUAUGGUUGUAAUGAUUCAUUUUAACAAUUUGAUUCAUAUAUUUUUGCUGCGCAAUACAAGUCAUUGGUUCAUUUUGAA